AUGAAUAUUAGUUCAUCUGUUCAGCUUUCUUUUACAAAGUAUGCACUGAAGGGUUGUUCAGCUUCUAUUAAGCCUUCUGUUCUUGUUCUUCAUGGAUUUUUAGGUUCAAAAUCCAAUUGGCAUACCUUUUGUCGUGUGCUUCAUGAACGCACUCAGCGUACAUUCUUUGCAUUGGAUUUGCGUAAUCAUGGGCGUAGUCCACAUGCUGAGCCGCACGAUUAUCGUUCUAUGACUUCAGAUGUAAUUGCUUUUGUUGAGCAACAUCGUUUAAGUUCUGUAGUUCUUCUUGGUCAUUCUAUGGGUGCAAAGGUGUCUAUGGGAGUAGCGUUAACACUACCAACGUGUGUAGCAGGGCUUAUAUUGGUCGACAAUGCGCCUGUUCUUGCUGAUGUGGAUGAGAAUAUUCGUACUUCAGCAUGUGCACUUUUGCGUGUUGCAUCUGCGCAACCAUUGGAUCGUCGGUCUGCUACAGAAAUGCUUAAGAAUAUGGUGCCCGAUGAGUCUUUACGUGCGUUUUUACUUUCAAAUCUUGUACGUGGAUCUGAUGGGCGGCUUCAUGCACGAUUGCCAUUGCCAUUACUUAUACGUUCAUUACCUGCUCUUGGUGAUUUUCCGUUUAAUGGUGUUUUUUCUGGACCAACAUUAUUUAUUCGUGGUCGAUACAGCAAUUAUGUGUCUGACGCACGUCUUUCAGAUGUUUAUCGUGUUUUUCCUUUUGCAAAUAUUGUUACACUUGAUGGUGGUCAUUGGAUUCAUGUUGAACAAUUUGAACAUGUUCUUUCAUCUGUAGAGGAUUUUCUUCAGACUAACUAG